AUGGAGGAAAGUAAAUUCAGUGAAGAAGUAAUUGAACAAAUAAAAGAUAUAAUUCCGUGGGGUUUGAGUGAUGAGAAUAACUUGUUAAUUGAUAAACUGAUAUUAAAUGAUAAUCUAAAAACGCGUUAUAAAACAUAUGGAUUAUGUAGAGAAUGUUAUCAGCCCAAUACUAGUUGCGAUACAAGCGAUUUCGGUUAUGUUUAUUGGUGUCAAUCAUGCAAUGCUACACGUUUCGAACAGGAUUUCAAGAAUUGGACUAGCGGAGAUCAUCACGUUGAUGAGCUUGUUCAAAAAUCACAACUCAAAGCAAAGAAUUACAAAGAAGUAAUAGAAUGGUACAAUUAUCAAUUUGAAGAUGUUAAAACUCUGAUCAAAGACAAAUCCGGAAUCACCUACACCGCAAGUUGGUACGGUGAUCUAUGUAUGUUAGAAUGGGACUAUGUCCGUAACAGUUGGAAAAGGUAUAACCCAGGUCGCGUUAUUCUAAGGUAUUUACAUGACGAACCUGAUAAUCCGGUUGAAUUCUUGAAAAAGGUUGAAUCACGUAUUGCGAUGAAUGAUAUAAUUCAAAGGUGUUGGGAUGCGGAUCCUUCAAAUCGUCCCAAUGCGAAUGAAUUGUACUCUUUAUUAUACAAAUUUGGAUUUGAUGCUUUCUUCGUUCAAAGUUCAUUAGCAUAUAGGCAAGUUUUAGAAGCGUAUAAAAUUAAUAGCUCAUCAUUUACCGGUAUUAAAGAUAUUAAAUUACAUCCUCAAGCAGUUUAUACGAGCAAACUUUUAACUUUUAAAGAUCUUCCGAACCCCCAAAAUGCUGAUGUUGAUCAGAUUUAA